AUGGGGUGCACAGGAGCCGCCCAGCAAACGCCCUCCACGGGCAAGAGCCACAUGGCCAUCUCGGUGACCUCCUGGGGGAAAGUGCUGUCCCUCAAGAGGGGAUGGUGUGGGGACCCCAUGGCACAGCCCACCGUGGUGGAUGCCUCACCUGCGGUGUGGGCUGGGAACGCCAAUACCGUGGGACACGCCGCGAGUGCGGGACAGCCCCGCAGCCUGCAGCCCCCUGGGACAGCCCUGCUGCUGGCUCUGGCCUCUGUUAACUAUUGGGACAUUGCUCAAGGCACCCGCGGACCGGUCACGCUGGCAGCCUGCCCUCCACGGAAGCACCUCCUGGACUUGCCCAAAGCCUCCAUACAUAUCCGUGGCCCUUCUCCCACGCCUGUGUCCCACUUAGACGCCUCCUCGGCGCACGCUGGGUCGACCCGGCAGCGUCUGCGGAGACCCGCCGGCUCUGCCCGGUGCCGCCGGUGCCCGGCCCGCGGCUGCCCGGCCCGGGGCGGCGGUGCCCGGCGGUGCAGAAUGCGAGCCCCCCGGGGGAGGGACCCCUGCAGCAGCGGCGGCCCGGCCGUGCUCCCCGGAGCCAGCUGCAUGGCGGCUUCCCAAGACAAUCUGUGGGGUGAGGGUGAUGAAGACCCUGUGUCGGCCAGGCCAGGAGGGUCCCAUGGCCCCCGCGGAGCUCACGCUGGCCCCUUUGCACAAACUUGUCUGCUCCGGGACCUAGAGAUGGGUCCCCUUGCCCAGUCGCAGACCCUGCGGGAUUUCGAGCAGCACCUCAACGACCUCAAGAAGGAGAAUUUCAGCCUCAAGCUCCGCAUUUACUUCCUGGAAGAGCGCGUCCAGCAGAAGGGCGAGGGCAGCCGGGAUGAUGUCUACCGGCGGAACAUCGAGCUCAAGGUGGAAGUGGAGAGCCUGAAGCGGGAGCUGCAGGAGAAGCAACAAGCCCUGGAUAACAAAUGGAGGCCAGGCUGGCACGGAAUGAGGCCGAGCAGGCCACAGCGCUGGCCAGGGCCGAGGCAGAGCGGUGCCAGGAAUUGGCAGGGAAGCUGAAGGAAGCUGCAAGGAUGAAGAAGGAGGACAGGAACGAUGACAACUGCACUGCUGUGGCCCAG